AUGGUACACUUUCACGGCCACAGCGCUCCCACCGACCGCAGUGUGGGUCGGCGGCGACGACGACGAUGGAUGAAAUCGCUCGACGAUAAACGCGGUGGAUUGUAUCCGACGUCGCCGGCGAUGUUCGCCGCGCUCGACGACGAGUGCGGCGCCAACUCGGCCGAGAAGCUGGAACACCGCGACGUGGAGGCGCUCCUCCGCUCCGAGCACGACGGCGAUAAGACGCGCGCGGUGGACGUGCGAGACAUAGCACGACGGGUACAGACAACGAAUAGAAGACUGAGCGCGGACAUCGCGGCGACAAUAAGCGGUGAGGUCGAGGAGAAGCUCGUCUUGGCUGCCGCGCACCUCUGGCGGGCAAAGAUGCACGUGCAGCUCUCUCAGCUCUACUCCGAGAAAGCGUGGGACGCGAAGAAAUUUCCGCGCAAGUUCUUCUUAAAAUACAGGGGGUUCGGCUCGACGCAUCAAAGAAGCGAUCUGGCUGAUUUUAGAAAACUAUAUCUGCGCUGCGCGCUGUCUAACGCCGAGCGCGCCGUCGAGCUCGCGCCAUUCUCGUAUGAGUGCGUCAUGUUCAAGUCGUGUAUAUUAUGUUUGCUAAUUGGUUUUGGUGGUUAUGUGUGCGACACGUACUGCGAGAGCGCUCUGAUGAGCUGCCGCAGAGCAAUGACGUUGCACCGCAUGCCACAGAUUGCCGACGACAGAGAGCGGAGCAUCCUAUACAACUCUGUACAAGAUCGAUCGGGUGCGCAAGCCGGCUCUGGGCGCUCAGAAGCUCGAAUGAGGUCUUUAUGGGACAUGGCCGUCUUUGCGGCGCACUUGGUCGCCAAAAAGCGUGGGGUCUGGGAUGCGGACACGCUCUGGGCUGACCGUGGCACACACGGCGAUGUUAAUCCAGCUGAACUGCCAGAGAACUCACUCGACGAACUCGUGGCGUGGAACAUGUGGAACACGGACUGGACGGGAUUAGGUGAAAUGGAUCGUCUUCAGAAUAUCCUCAAAGACGGUUAG